AUGAACUCGUCCGUCGUGCCGUCCUGCAAGACCUCCCCGUUGAGUGUGGACUGGACCAAGCGGACGGAAACCGUCAAGACCUUUACUGCAUCCCCACUGCAAGGUCUUGCCCUGGGCGUCCCUUGCUUGAAGUUCCUGCAGUCCUCUGCGAUGACAAUGGCCAACUCGACUUCUGUACCGACCACGUCUGGUGUUGAUGAGGGCAAGAAGAUGGGUGCGGAGGGGUUCCUGGUUGCGGUGGAGGGCUUCAAGAAGACUUCUGGGAUGGUAGGUUGGGGCCAGUCGAGCUCCGCAGCAUGGACUUUGAAGUCGAGGCCUAUGCAGCGGACGCUGCCAACUUCAGUGGGGCCGAUCGAGGACACGGUUUUGUUCGUUUGGGCCAUUGCCGUCCUCACCCACUUCAUGCUGCCCGAUGACCUUGAGCACGCUCGCUUCCUCAACGAGGUCGAGAAGGCCAUGAUGCAUCCCGACUUUGACUGGGCCGGAGUCAAGCGUGUCGUGAAGGAUCCUAAGCUGUAUAUCUUUCCUUGGAGUCAGUUCAUGGCCAACAUUUGCACCUUUGGCCUGAGCUCGUUCCUGCCGUUGAUCACCCACAGCUUCGGUUACGACGUUGUCACGACGCAGCUGCUGACCAUCCCCGUCUUCUUCUGGGCGAGCGCUACGUACAUGGUAGUCUCGUACAUGAGCGACAAGUGGAAGCAGAGGGCGAUGUUCAUGGUGCCAGCGUGCCUGGUCACGACCGUCGGGUAUGCUGUCAAUCUAGGCGUCGGCCAGAUCUUCCGAACCAAGAAGAAUGACAAACAUGCCAUAGGUCUCAGCGGCUCACUUGCUGCUGCCAUACUUGCCGUCCUAGGCCACAUCACUCUACAAACAUAUCUCCACCGCGAGGACAACAGGCGAAAAACCCUCACAGAGAACAAGCGCAAGGCCGAGAUUGCUGCUGGGAAGGAGCCCGAUUUCCACCCUGAUUACCGUUAUGCGCUAUAG